UUGGAGCCUCAGUCACCAGUCCCCAUGGAUAUAUCUGGAUGUGCUCUGUCAGAGGACAUGCUGUGUAAGGCUUUUUCUGAUGUCUUGCUUGAUGUGGAAGAUGUAGAUGCAGAAGACAGUGCGGAUGCAAACCUCUGCAGCAACUAUGUGAAGGACAUCUACAAGUAUCUGAGAGACCUUGAGGAAAAUCAACCUGUCAGACCCAAAUACUUGUCGGGCCAGGAAAUCAACGGGAACAUGCGUGCCAUACUAAUUGACUGGCUGGUGCAAGUACAGAUAAAAUUCAGGCUCCAGCAGGAGACCUUGUACAUGGCAGUUGCUAUCAUCGAUCGCUUCCUGCAGGAUAAUGCUGUUUCUAAGAAGAUGCUACAGCUGGUUGGUGUCACAGCUAUGUUCAUUGCCAGCAAAUACGAAGAGCUAUUUCCCCCACAUAUCAAUGACUUUGUCUAUGUAACUCAUAACACUUACACGAAGUUCCAAAUCUGCCAGAUGGAGAUGAAGAUUCUGCAAGCCCUCAACUUUGGUCUGGGUCGCCCUCUCCCUCCGCACUUCCUAAGGAGGGCUUCAAAGAUUGCAGAGGUGGACUUGGAGCAGCACACUCUGGCCAAGUACUUGAUGGAGUUGUCCAUUAUGGACUAUGACAUGGUUCACUUCCCUCCAUCCAAGACUGCAGCAGCUGCUUCCUGUUUGUCUCUGAAACUCCUCAAUGGGUGUGAGUGGACACCAACUUUGGAACACUACAUGUCUUACACCGAGAAUGACCUUCUCCCAGUUAUGCAGCAUUUGGCAAAGAACAUAGUUCUUAUGAAUGAGGGCAUUACGAAGCAGAUGGCAAUCAAGAACAAAUAUGCCAGCAGCAAGAAUGCCAGGAUAAGCACCAUUGAACAGCUAGGCUCUUCUCUCAUACGGAAUCUCGCUCAACCUCUGGUUAAGAGGUUGUAA